AUGAUGUUCGCGCGCGGGAAGGUCAACAUUCUCCUCAAGCGCCUCGUGCAGGACAUGCGGAAGAUGCUGCUGCCCUUUACCGCGCUCAAACUCAAGGAAUCCCGGAAAAACAACCUGAAGGACUUCCUCCACGUGGCAGGCCCUCUGGGCGUGACGCACUUCCUCAUGCUCUCCAAGUCUGACGUGUCACCUUAUCUGCGCGUCGCGCGCACGCCACGUGGACCCACCCUCACCUUCCGCGUCCUCGACUACUCCCUCGCUGCUGACGUGGCCAAGUCCCAGAGGCGCCCCUACGUGCCAGCUGGCGUGUUCGAGGCGCCACCGCUGGUGGUGAUGAACGGCAUGGGGGCAAGUGGCAAGGGCACGGAGCAUCUGAAGCUCAUGACCAUCAUGUUCCAGAACAUGUUUCCACCCAUCAACGUGUCCACUGUGAAACUGUCUGACUGCAGGCGGGUCCUCCUUCUCAACCACGACCCUGCCAGUGGUACUAUCGACAUGCGCCACUACGCCAUCACUGCGCGCCCUGUGGGAGUGUCCAAGCCGCUGCGCAAUCUCGUGCACCACCACGCACUGCCCAACCUCAGCCACCUCUCCGAUAUUAGUGAACUCGUUACAAGGCCGGCAGCCUAUCCCUCAGACAGUGAAGCGGAUGAAGGGAGUCGGGUGCAGGCUCCCCAGGACAUGGGGCGGGGCGUGCGGGCAGCGCAGCAGAGCCAGGUGAAGCUGCACGAGCUGGGGCCACGUGUCACCCUGCUAUUGGUCAAGGUGGAGGAGGGGCUGUCCAACGGUGCCGUUAUGUACCACCGAUUCGUGGAGAAGACAGCAGAGGAGGAGGCGGAUCUGCAGCAGAGGGCAGAGGAGCGGCAGAGGGAGAAGAAGAGGCGGAAGGAGGAGCAGGAGGCCAACGUGCGGAGGAAGAAGAUGCUCAAAGCAUCGAAGGGCAAGGCAGGUGGUGGGGAGGACAGCGAUGGGGAGGAAGAGCAAGGGAAGGCGGUGGGGGCGAGGGAGGGGGAGGGAGAGGAGGAGGAGGAGGAUGACGUGGACUGGUAUCGCAAGGAGGUUGGGGAGGAGCCUGAUGACAUCCAUUACCUUCCUCGCUCUGCUGCUCCCACACUCCAACCUCACAAGGAGGAGGAGGAGGAGGAGGAGGAUGUAGACUGGUACCUCAAGGAGGUUGGCGAGGAGCCCGAUGACAUAGGGGGAGAGGCUUUGGGCGCGGUAGAGGAGGGGGGAGGGGCAGGGGCAGAGGGAGGGGGAGGGGUCGUGGGGGAGGCGGUAGAGGGGGGGAAGCAGGUGGAAGAGGGGGGAGGAGUGGGGGGCGGGGGGGAGGUGGGCGAGGUGGGUGGUCACCGUCAGGGCGUGGAGGAGGGAGGGGAGGACGAGGUGGGAUGA